AUGAUGAUGAUGAAGAUGAGGAGGGAGAUGAUGAAGAGGAGGAGGGAGAUGAUGAAGAGGAGGGAGAUGUUGAAGAGGAGGAGUGAGAUGGUGAUGAUGAAGAUGAGGAGGGAGAUGAUGAAGAGGAGGAGGGAGAUGAUGAAGAUGAGGAGGGAGAUGAUGAACAGGAGGAGGGAGAUGAUGAAGAGGAGGAGGGAGAUGAUGAAGAGGAGGAGUGAGAUGAUGAUGAUGAAGAUGAGGAGGGAGAUGAUGAAGAGGAGGAGGGAGAUGAAGAAGAGGAGGAGUGAGAUGAAAAAGAGGAGGAGGGAGAUGAAGAAGAGGAGGAGUGAGAUGAAGAAGAAGAGGAGUGAGAUGAUGAAGAGGAGGAGUGAGAUGAUGAAGAGGAGGAGUGAGAUGAUGAAGAGGAGGAGGGAGAUGAAGAAGAGGAGGAGUGAGAUGAAGAAGAGGAGGAGGGAGAUGAUGAAGAGGAGGAGUGAGAUGAAGAAGAGGAGGAGGGAGAUGAAUAAGAUGAGGGAGGUGAAGAAGAGGAGGAGUGAGAUGAUGAUGAUGACGAGGAGGAGUGAGAUGAAGAAGAGGAGGAGUGAGAUGAUGAUGAUGAAGAGGAGGAGGGAGAUGAAGAAGAGGAGGCGGUAG